CAGUUAUCAAAUUCGGUUCACGGACGAAGGUCAGUAGAGCCCACGUUGAGAAACUAGGGGAGGAUUUGGUUUGGUAUGUAAAGUACUUGCCGCCAAAGGUUCUGUCAUAAAUUCUAAUGGUAUGCUCAUAUAUCUGUAUUUCUGUGCAAGUUUGUAAGCGAGGAAUACGGCAAUCCAAGUUGAUCGGUGGAGAAGAAGAUGACAUGUCAGAGUCAUAGUUCAAAGACCAGCUUUACUUUUCUUAUGCUUAUACUGCUCAUGUGCAUAGGAGCUAAGAAUGUCAGAGCACAAGCUGGGAGUCUUCCAGAUUCUGAAGUGGAAGCCCUUCGAGAAAUAGCUGCACAACUGGGGAAGAAAGACUGGAACUUUCGCGUAAAUCCAUGCAAUGAUUCAAGCUGGAUAACACCACUUUUGGAAGAGAGGCCAUUGUACAACAAUACUGUCAACUGCAAUUGUUCCUAUCCUAAUGGUGUAUGCCACGUGGUUAAGAUAUUUCUUAAAGGGCAGGAUCUUGGAGGGACACUUCCACCUGCAGUGGUGAAGCUACCCUACCUUAAGGCACUUGAUCUCAAUAGGAACUACCUCAGUGGUUCAAUACCAAGAGAAUGGGCUUCUACUAAGAUGGAAUAUUUGUCCAUCAGUGCAAACAACUUAACAGGACGUAUUGACUACUUGGGAAACAUCACUACUCUUCAAGCUCUGAGCAUAGAAAGCAACCUGUUUUCUGGACCCAUUCCCCCUGAGCUUGGAAACUUGGUUGACUUGGAGAUUCUCAUUCUUAACGCUAACAAUCUCACUGGAGAGUUGCCCAUUGCUCUCACAAAUCUGACCAGAUUAAAAAGCCUGAGGAUUAGCAGUAACAACUUCACCGGAAGAAUGCCCGAUUUGUUUCGAAGCUGGAAACAACUUCAGGCAUUAGAGAUUCAAGCUAGUGGUCUUAAGGGGCCAAUUCCUUCUAGCAUUUCAGUCCUGAGUAAUUUGACUGAGCUAAGGAUUAGUGACUUAAUUGGAGAGGGUUCAUCUUUUCCACCAUUACAAAACAUGGGAGGACUGGUAAAGUUGAUGCUGAGGAGCUGUAAUAUCUCUGGAAAAAUCCCUCCAUAUAUAUCAGAAAUGACAAAGCUGAAAAAAUUAGAUCUUAGUUUCAACAGAUUGGAAGGAGACAUUCCAAAUUUUGGAGUUCUAACAAGCUUGGACACUAUAUAUCUGACAGGUAACUUGCUCAAUGGACCUAUUCCAGAAUGGAUCAAGGGAAGAGAUAGCCGCUACCAAAUAGAUGUUUCUUACAACAAUUUUUCUGCAAGCUCUGCGCCGAAUACUUGUCCAGACACCCUAAAUUUGUUCAGAAGCUUUUCUGGAACAGACAACUCAAUACUUACGGAGUGUUUGAGGGACAAUCCAUGCUCAAAAGAUCGUUACUCUUUACAUAUAAAUUGUGGUGGAAAUGCAACAACUAUUGGAAGCAUCAAGUAUGAAGCGGAUUUAGAACAGGGAGGUGCUGCAAAAUUUGUUCUAAUGAAAGAUUAUACUUGGGGCUUUAGUAGCACUGGAGAUUUCUGGGAUGUUUGGAGUACCUCAAAGGACUAUAUUGCAGAAAAUGUAUCCAUGCUCAGAAUGAACGAUUUUGAAUUGUAUGAGAAUGCACGUCUCUCUCCACUUUCUCUCACAUAUUAUGCGCGCUGCUUGGCAAAGGGAAACUAUACUGUGAAACUUCACUUUGCGGAGAUAAUCCUGAGAAACAACAGAUCCUUUUACAGUGUUGGAAGACGGAUUUUUGAUGUUUAUAUCCAGGAUAAACUGGUCCUGAAGGAUUUUGAUAUUGAAAAAGAAGCAGGAGGAGUCGACAAACCAGUCAUUAGGAAUUUUACUGCAGUUGUUACAAAUAAAACUUUGGAGAUCCGCUUUUAUUGGGCUGGAAAAGGGACACAAGAUGUCCCAAGGAGAGGAACAUAUGGUCCUCUUAUAUCAGCUAUCUCCAUAGACUCUAAUUUCCAUCCUCCUGAUGAUAGGAAAAGGAAGAUAUUUCUCGCACUUGGAACCGUACUUUUGGUGUCAGCCCUGGUUUUCACAAUUUUAGGAAUUCUUCGGUGGAAAGGCUAUUUAGGAGGCAGGACAUCACGGGAACAUGAUCUAAAAGGAUUAGAUCUGCAAACUGGUUUUUUUACCUUCAGGCAAAUCAAAGCUGCCACAAACAAUUUUGAUGCUGCAAACAAGCUUGGGGAAGGUGGCUUUGGAUCUGUAUACAAGGGAACGUUAUUGGAUGGUACCAUAAUUGCUGUUAAGCAACUUUCGUCUAAAUCAAAGCAAGGAAAUCGAGAAUUCGUGAAUGAGAUAGGCAUGAUAUCUGGUUUACAGCAUCCAAAUGUCGUUAGACUGUAUGGAUGCUGCAUCGAACGGAAUCAGCUGUUGUUGGUAUAUGAAUACAUGGAAAACAAUAGCCUUGCACAUGCUUUGUUUGGUCCAGAGGAAAGCCCAGUGAAGUUGGACUGGCAUACAAGACAAAAAAUAUGUGUCGGCAUAGCAAGAGGUCUGGCUUUCUUGCAUGAGGAAUCGCCACUGAAAAUUGUUCAUAGGGAUAUUAAAACUACCAAUGUACUACUGGAUAGGGAUCUUAACCCUAAGAUUUCGGACUUUGGAUUGGCCAAGCUUGAUGAAGAGGAAAACACCCACAUUAGCACCCGAGUUGCAGGAACUAUAGGAUACAUGGCGCCAGAAUAUGCAUUAUGGGGGUAUUUAACAUACAAAGCAGAUGUAUAUAGUUUUGGGAUUGUUGCAUUGGAACUUGUUGCUGGAAAGAACAACAUGAAAUUCCGUCCAACCGAUGAUUUUGUGUGUCUUCUUGAUUGGGCCCUUGUUUUACAACAAAAAGGGAAUUUGAUGGAGUUGGUGGAUCCAAGGUUGGGGUCUAACUUCAGUAAGGAAGAGGCAGCAAGAAUGGUUAAAGUUGCUCUAUUAUGUACUAAUCCAUCACCAGUGCUUCGGCCCACCAUGUCUGCAGUAGUGAGCAUGCUUGAAGGCCGAACUGCUGUUCAUGAGUUGAUUAUGGAUCCAAGUAUUUAUGGAGAUGUAUCGAGAUUUAAGGCUUUAAGAGACCAGUUUGAUCAAAUCCUAGAACAGAGCUCAACUGAUGUUCAGAGUGUUGUUCAUUCAACGGAUGCAACAUGGAUCGGCUCCUCCAGUACAUUAUCAAGCAGAUCUUGACAGAACAAGACGGCCAUAACAUUGCCACAGUGGUGAUGCCUAAUUCCGGUUUAGCAACAAACAAAAUACAUAUCGAAUGCUCUGAUAUCAAUAUUGGAUAAAAAUUCUGUAACAUGAAGUUUGGCAUUGCAAUGUUCGUCUUGUCGUCCUGUCACGUUAAGAUCAUUAAGUAGUUUGGAAGUACACUUCACACUGUCAUCAUAUGAUAUUCAUGCUUCCUGGUUCAAAGGAUGUUUUCCUU